AGGCAAAAGAAAAACAGAAUGCAAAGAAAGCUCAGGAGACCAAAUGAAAAGGACGAUUCGAGAUGUGUACACUGCUUCUACACCUGUUUCCAUGGAAACCAUUAAGUAUAAGGAACUCUGAGCAACAUCCUAAUUGAGUCAGUGCCUGUUCAGCAACAGUCCCAGUCUGUCUUGUCUUUAAUGCAUGGGUUCAAAACCUUCCCUACUGCGUCCUCUGCAUGUGCUGCAGGUUAAAUAAACUGAUGUGAAGAGCGCACGUCCAAAUCCCAUCAUUUCACACUGGGUCUGAGAACUUCCCUUUGUACUCUGGAUAUAUAGAAUUGCAGUAUUGAACCUAGAAAAUGCACAAAGGAUAUUCUCUACUUGUAAUUAUUCUUUUUAUUUGUUGUCUUAAAUACUUUAAAUUUAUAAAUGACACAGUUAAACUGGAUCUUGUUUCCUAUCACUAACAGAAAAAAAUCAUUUCUGUCUUUGAUAUGUAUUUUAAGAAUCUUAAAACUGAAUUUUAUCUCAUCCCGAUUUGAUUUUCAUGUAGAUGAUUCAAAAAGAACAAAAAUACAAUUUCUUGUGAUUUUUACUACUGCCAGUAGGAAAGGUAAUAAACAUCCCAAUUUUUUACGGCCAUCAGUCCUCAAGUAUUUGGGAUAAUUUGUAUAUGUGUUGCAGAAUGAUUCUAGGAAGGUCUAAAUGCUUCAAAACAAAAUUUCAGGUUAAGAACACAUUGGCAACCUUUUUUCAAACUGUUAAUAUGUUUAUUAAAAACCAUCUUUAAGAAAAGACAGCAGUUGUAGGAUAGGAACUUUCUGUGCCCAUUUGAGCAAAAUUGGUACAGUCCACAGUUCCCCCUGAGCCACAUGGAGUUCACAUUGCUUACAAUGAUUUUUUUUUUAGACUUUGAGAGUGCUUUGAUUUUUAUUUUAUAAAUAAGGUAGUACUGUACUGUAUUGUACUGUACUAUGUUCUUGCUCUUAAUUUUCUUUUCCGAGUUAAGCUUUAAAGGAAAUUUUACAAAACUUUUUUAUAAAGGAAAUAACCUUUUUUUCUUUACCAUGCACAUUUUAAGUUGAUACAUUACUUUUUAACAUUUUAUUUUAAUUAUAAAAUAAAUUUUGGAUAAUUUAUUAGAUGGAAUGAGUACCCAUCUUCCCGCUUCAAUCAAUGAAUUUUUUAGGGUUGAUUUAAAGCUUACUAAUUGUGGUAUUAUUAAAUGACUUAGACCUAAGGGAGGGAACAUGGGACAAAAUUAAGUAGAAAAACUAAUGAAGUAUAUUUCAUACAUAAUUUCAGUUGAAUGAAAUGAGAAGAAUAUGUAGCUUUUCAGUUGCUCAUGGGUAAAUAUAUUAUGCUCUUACACAAUAGUGAUUAUAGAGUGUCUCAAAGCUGUGAUGCAAUUGUAAAUUUUAAUUUAAAAAUGGUUUCCUAAGGAUUGUCUUAGACUCAUCUUGAUUGCAUGUCUAUGCCUUAUUUUAUUGAGGCUUAAAUUUUAUAAAGCAAUAAAACAUAAGGGUUAUUGUAGAGAGUCAUCCAACAAUGAGAUCAUUCAGUGGAAUGGAAGAGAGAACCUAGAAAUAGAUUCAUAUUUAUCUGGUCACUUGAUUUCUGUCAAAAAAGGUAGAGAAGGCCAACAGGGAAGGAAAGUCUUUGAACAAAUGGAGCCAGAGUACAGCAGCAGAACAUCCACCUGAGGAAAGAGAGCCUUGGCCCUACCUCACAAAAAUGAAUCCAGCUGCAUUAUAGCACCAAAUGCCAUAUCUAACAAGUAUUAAAGAACUUUUCCUAAAGGGAAGUAAAUAUCUUUGUGACUUUCUUAAGUCACAGAAAGCAAUAACAAUAAAAGAUUCAAAAUUAGUUAUCAAAAUUAAAAACUUGCCAUUGAAAAAUGUUAACAAGAGUAACUAGUAUCAAAUGACAUUUAAAAAACAGCUUUAUAAAACUAGCUUAAUAGUUGUAAGGAUUUGUUUUAUUAAUCUAAUUCUGAUAAAAUUCCUUGAUAAGAAUUUCCAGUUUGAGAAUGGUUUAUUUUAUCUGCUUCUUUGAUCAUUAC